ACUAGUGUUGGACUUCGCCGAGAAUAGAGACAUAAAUUCCGAGAACGACUACGUUUUCACAAAAACAAACGGGUGAAAAUAAGAAAACAAAAUAGAAAAAAAAAACACAAUUUAGUGCAACACCUCCGCCCUGAUGGAUUUAAAAUUAUUGAAAACUAAUUAAAAUUAUAAGAAUUUUUAAAAAAUUUUACAAUAAAACGAAAGUUACUCGAACGAAAAAUACGAAUAUAUAUUUUUUUUAUCACAUAUUAUUUUGCCCGUUUGCCAAAAUAAACAUGAUUAUUUCUUCCACAAAACGCCUGUAUACACUGGCGUUGUUAGCCUUUGUCUUCACUUGCUGUGUAUUUUCUGUUGAAGCCCAGUUAGCUGGUAAACUUAUACAAAAUCCUUGUGUCAAUAAACGCACCUGUCAUGAAUGUAUACAAACACAAAGUUGUGCCUGGUGUAUGCAACCGGAUCAUGGUGAUAAACCUAGAUGCUUCCAACACAGUUAUUCCAAUGUUUGUCCUGAAGAAUUUAUCUGGAAUCCAGAUACAGUACAAAGUUUUACCAUAAAUCGUGAACUGACUAGAGCCGGUUAUGCUGCUGGAGCUGCUGGCGGUCAAAUGUCCUAUGGCGGUUCUUAUUAUGCCAAUUCUUCAUACAGUAGUUCCUCAUCGGGUUCAUAUUCAGGAUCAUAUGGAGCUUCAGGAGCUGCCGGUGCCGCUGGUAGUUUUAGCGGCAGUGAUAUUGUACAAAUUAGUCCUCAAAGAGUUUCUUUGAAAUUACGUAUAAAUGAAGUCCACAGUUUAAAUAUGCGUUAUUCUCAAGCUGAAGAUUAUCCCGUUGAUUUAUACUAUCUUAUGGACUUGUCAAAAUCUAUGGAAGACGAUAAAGAAAAACUUUCGGCUUUGGGCGAUUUACUCUCCGAAACUAUGCGUAACAUUACCUCUAAUUUCCGUUUGGGUUUUGGUUCUUUUGUCGAUAAAGUUUUAAUGCCCUAUGUUUCGACUAUACCCAAAAAACUUGAACAUCCCUGUGAAAAUUGUGAAGCUCCUUAUGGUUAUCGCAACCAUAUGCCCUUGAGUACAAAUACCGCCGAAUUCACUACUGAAGUAAAAAGAGCCGCUGUCUCUGGUAAUUUGGAUGCUCCCGAAGGUGGUUUUGAUGCCAUUAUGCAAGCUAUAGCUUGUCGUCAACAAAUCGGCUGGCGUGAACAGGCACGUCGCCUAUUGGUAUUUUCAACAGAUGCUGGUUUUCAUUAUGCCGGUGAUGGCAAGCUUGGUGGUGUUAUUGCUCCCAAUGACGGUGAAUGUCAUUUAAAUUCAGCUGGUCUCUAUACCCACUCGGUUAUACAAGAUUAUCCUAGUAUUUCUCAAAUUAAUCAUAAAGUUAAGCAAAAUUCUAUUAACAUCAUAUUUGCUGUUACCGCCAGUCAACAUUCAGUUUAUGAGAAAUUAUCUCAACAUAUUGAAGGUUCUUCAAGUGCCAUUUUAUCAAAUGAUUCUUCUAACGUAGUCGAUUUGGUUAGAGAGGAAUAUAGUAAAAUAUCUUCUUCUAUUGAAAUGAAAGAUAAUGCUACCAGCCACGUUAAAAUCACCUAUCACUCUUCCUGUUUGAAUGGUGGCUCUGAAAUUCCCACUUCUAAAUGUGAUGGUCUUAAAGUUGGUGAUAUUGUCAAUUUUACUGCACAAAUUUUGGUUACAUCCUGUCCCACCGAUCCCGCUGAAUGGAAUCAAGUUAUUCAAAUUUAUCCCGUGGGUAUUAACGAAAGUUUGGUUAUCGAUUUGGAAAUGUUGUGUUCCUGCCCCUGUGAAAAACCCGGCUCAACUGGCUAUCAAAUCAAUUCUCCCGUUUGUAAUAAUCAUGGUACCUAUAUGUGUGGCAUCUGUGAAUGUGAUGACAUGCAUUUCGGUCAUAAUUGUGAAUGUUCCACUACUGAUGUCCAUUCGGAGAAGGGUAAAGACUUUGGCUGCCGUGCUGAUAAUGUUACAACAAUUGAUUGUAAUGGUCGUGGUACUUGUUUGUGCGGUGUCUGUGAUUGUGAGAAACGUGCUAAUCCUGAGGAAAUUAUUUCUGGUCGUUUCUGUGAAUGCGACAAUUUCUCCUGUGAUCGUCAUGAACAGCAAUUGUGUUCGGGCCCUGAUCAUGGUGUAUGCGAGUGCGGUAGUUGUGUGUGUAAACCUGGUUGGACUGGUACUGCUUGUGAUUGUCGCGAUUCAAAUGACACAUGUAUACCACCAAAUGGCGGUGAAAUUUGUUCAGGACAUGGUGAAUGUGAAUGUGGUGUGUGCAAAUGUAAAUCCACCGAAGAAGGACGUUAUUCUGGCAAAUACUGUGAAAAGUGUCCUACAUGUUCUGGUCGUUGUCACGAGCUUAAAGACUGUGUACAAUGUCAAAUGUAUAAGACUGGUCCCUUAAAGGAGGAUAAAGAUUGUGCCGCCAAUUGCACAACAUUCGUACCAAUCGGUGUUGAAAAGGUCGAACUUGAUGAAAAGAAAGAAGAGAAUAUUUGUAUAUUCUAUGAUGAAGAUGAUUGUAAAUUUGCCUUCAAAUACAGCGAAGAAGAUGACAAAGUUGAAGUACAUGCCCAACAAGAACGUGAAUGUCCUCCUAAAGUCUUUAUGUUGGGUAUAGUUUUGGGUGUUAUAGCUGCUAUUGUUUUAGUCGGUUUAGCUAUCUUAUUGUUAUGGAAACUUUUGACUACCAUACACGAUAGACGUGAAUUUGCUAGAUUCGAAAAGGAACGCAUGAAUGCUAGAUGGGAUACGGGUGAAAAUCCUAUUUACAAACAAGCCACCUCUACAUUUAAAAAUCCUACAUAUGCUGGCAAAUAAGUAACGAUUUUAAGUUAACUUUUUUUCGUUUUAGUUUUUAUAAGGAAACAAUAUGCCAUAAAAAACGAAACGUUUUAAGCAAUGUAAAUUCUCUUGGUUUUUAACAAAACUAAUCUUUAUGUGUUUAACUGCCAGUAAAAACCUAAAAUUGUUUACAACUAAAUUCUGCAACUUAACCAAAACUUAACUUUGAAACCCUCCAUUUUUUUGUUUUAUUUCUAAUCUAUUUUCUUUUUUUUCUAUUUUCUGUUUUCUACUUUUAUUGACAAAAGUGUAUUAAUUUUAAAUAUGUGCCUCAAAACAAAAA